CGUCUUCCAUUUCACACCAGGGAAGAAACCGUAGAGGAGUUCUUGCUUCAACAGUGUUUGAACGGAACCUUCUUUUUCUUCGUCCCGAAAACUUCAUCAUUACCCAGGACACGAAACGUUUGUUGUUUUUUUUUUCGUCUACUCUCUACACUACUGUGAAAGGAAAAAGUCUACGCAAAGCUCUAUUUUUGUACCGUUUUUGUUAAGAAAAAGCACAAGAAACGCCAGCUAAAAUGGAUUCCCAGGUGCGUCAGAACUACCACCGCGACUGCGAGGCCGCAAUCAACCGGAUGAUCAACAUGGAGAUGUUUGCCUCCUACACCUACACUUCAAUGGCCUUUUACUUCGACCGUGACGAUGUGGCCCUCCCAGGCUUCGCCCAUUUCUUCAAGGAGAACAGCGAGGAGGAGCGGGAGCACGCCGACAAGCUGCUGUCCUUCCAGAACAAGAGGGGCGGACGCAUCUUCCUCCAGGACAUCAAGAAACCCGAGCGUGACGAGUGGGGAAGCGGCCUGGAGGCCAUGCAGGCCGCCCUGCAGCUGGAGAAGAAUGUGAACCAGGCUCUGCUGGACCUCCACAAGCUGGCCUCCGAGCACACCGACCCCCAUCUGUGUGACUUCCUGGAGACCCACUACCUGAACGAGCAGGUGGAGGCCAUCAAGAAGCUGGGCGACCACAUCACCAACCUCACCCGCAUGGACGCCCACAACAACAAGAUGGCCGAGUACCUCUUCGACAAGCACACCCUGGGGAGCAAGAGCUAAACGGCAGCUCGCCCACGAGUGGACCUGGAGGUUGAAGGAAAAAAAUAAAUAAAAGAAAAUCGUCUACACGUGCUUCAAACUAAACCCUCCGGUUGUCUGUUCACUGAGCCUAACGCGAUGUUUAAUCUGCUUUAACCGAUGACGUAGGCAUCUUGAUCUCGCAUGUUGUGGUUUUUGUUUUUAAAUGUCGUGUAGAAGUUUAUAUGGUAACGUCUUUGUACCUGUUGGCUUUCUCACUUGACAUUUUUAAACGUAAAUUGUGACUGAUUCUGAUCUGCUCUUAACCUGAAUAAACAUUUUGAGCUGGA